GCACUGACUGGCGGCACUGACUGGCACAAUCCCUGGGCACUGACUGGUGGCACUGACUGGCAGCACUGGUGGGCGGCACUGGUGGGCGGCACAGGUGGGUGGGCACAGGUGGGUGGGCACAGGUGGGCACAGGUGGGUGGGCACAGGUGGGUGGGCACAGGUAGGUGGCACUGCAGAGUGGCACAGGUGGGUGCACUGCUGGGCACAGGUGGGGGCACUGCUGGGAACGGGUGGGCAGGGCUAGUGGGCGCACUGCUGGGCGGAACUUGCGGGUGUCACUGCUGGGCACCGAUCAUCAGGGCACUG